GCAAAAUGUUUCCGAGUGUCUGAUGACUGUUUUUUCUUCGAGUAUUUCCCCUUUUCUUUUUUAGUCUGUUUUGUUUUUUUUAAUCAAUAAUGCAUAUAAGAAGACUAUUCGACCAUACCAGAUUUCCUGAUGGAAGUUCUGUGGUGCUAACUACAGUCUUCUUUCCAUUUGGGUUGGCACUGGUAAUCAUUCGAAUAUUCAUCAUGAUGCAUGCCUUACUGGUGUCUUGUAUCCUACCCAAGUGUCAAGCUACAAGCUUUAUCCUGAAAUCACUGUUUGGAGUUGUGGGUAUUCAAGUUAUGGUUCAGGAGGAUAAACGCAACAAACACCCCAACAAAAUUAAACCAAAAAUAGUUGUAGCCAAUCAUGUGUCUUAUCUAGAUCACAUGGUCAUCGAUCUUAUCCAGCCGAGUGUUGCACCUGAUGAAGUGGGUUUCUCUUCUUUCUACCGAUGGCUGUUUUCUUACCGUGACUUUGGGAUAGCUCAGGGAAAGGAACGUCUGGAAGAAAACAUAAAGAAAUAUCUUCAAGAUCAGAAUAUACCAGUAUUGUUUCUGCCAGAGGGAACUCCUACCAAUGGAUCAGGAAUUCUAAAAUUUAGAACAUUUCCAUUUUCACUUAAGGUUCCAGUGCUGCCUGUGAGCAUCUCUUACACAAGAUGGCCUCUCACUAUGCCAGUGUCUACUAUUAAAAGUACAAGAUUGAGUGAAUGCUUCUGGAUACUUUUCUACCCGUACACGAUCUUCAAGCUCCGGUUAUUGGAGCCAAUGGAACAAGAGGAAAAAGAAACAACAGAGGUGUUUGGGGAGCGAGUGAGGAAGAAGAUUGCUGUAAGUUUGGGAGUACCUGCAACCAAUUACACAGCUGGGGAUAAAGUAGAAUACCUUAAGAGACUCAGUGCUGAUCAAGUAAAUCAGGCCCAACGCAUCAGACAGAUAAAUCUACAAAGUCAAAGAGACAAUGGCACCAAGGAGAGUCAGACAAAUGGAGACAACUUUGUGAACACCAGCCCAGAAAUUAGAAAGAUGGCCCAGCAAGUGAAAGAUGUGUUGCCUACUGCAUCAAUGCCUCAAAUAAUUCGAGAGCUUGAAACAACUAAAGAUGUAGAUGCAGCAAUAACUAAUAUACUAGAGGGAAGCACAGCAGAAGAUACUAAAAAAUCUGAUACAAAAGACACCCCAAAAAUGGAGGAUAUAAAAACAGGCAUCUGUGCAUCUCAACAAAAAUACAAAUCCAACAUAUUUCCACGUACAGCACCUGAUCGCCAGCUAUCACUGGAUGAACGAAAGAAACUUAUGAUUGCAACAGCACGACAGCGCUAUAAGGAAAAACAUGGAUUGUUGUGAUCCUAUAGCCUGUAAACUAUUGUCUUCUGGUGCUUCUUGUUUUCUAUCAUAGAUUUAUAUUGACCUAAUGACCCAACAACUUAAUUUGGUUGUAUAAAAGUCACCUAAAACAAUGGAUUAUGUGGCAGUCUCUACACAGAGUAUGGUUUGCUGCGAACAGGAGGUAUAGUGCUUGUGUCAUGGAGUUUAAGUCUCUUUACUUGAAAACAGAACAUACACUGUAAUUUCACUGAAGUAUAGGUCUGUAUGAUAGUACACAUACAGUUCAAAUACUGCUUGUAAAUCAGCACAGAGAGUAGGCCACUUGUAUUAUAAUCAAAUACUGUAUUACAGAGACAUUUCCUCAACUUCUGAGAUGUUCUUACGUGACUUGUUGUCAUUGGUGAAUCGUAGCUUUGUCAGAGGGCACCAUUUUGUUUACUGGAGGAUACUAGUGACCAUUGACUUUGGUGUGUGAACCAUUUGCACACAGGAUAGUACAGAACACAGCUUGAAUGUGUCAAUUGGAUUCCCUUCUUCAUUUUGUUAUUGUCAAUGUGAAUUAGGUCAAUGAAGUACAACAGAUAGUGUUACAGAUAUACUCUCAGUGAUCAUUGGCUUGUUUAUAAUUAAUUAUUCGCAAUAAUGACUGGUAUUUGCCUUUCAUUGUAACUUGUAUAAGAUAUAGGUCACCAUAACUUAAACAGGAUAUAGGUCACUGUGACUUUUACACUAUAUAGAUCACUUUGACUUGUACAUUAAUAUUGGUCGUUGAUUACAUUAUAUAAGGUUGGUGACAUUCACAGGAUAAAGGUCACUGAAAUAUACAAAAUACUAGUAAAUGUGACAUGUGCAUGAUAUUGGUCACAGUGACUUGUACAUUAUAUAGGUCACUGGUCACAAUGACUUGUGCAUUACAUAGGUCACUACAACUUUAACAGGAUAUAGGUGUUGCAGUUGCACAGGAUAUAGAUCACAGCAUACAGAUACAUUAUGCUGGUCUCAGUGACUUGGACAGGGUAAGUUUUACUAAAACAGUUUAUAGGUCACUGAGACUUGUACAUGAUUACAGAAAUAUGUAGAGAAUAGGUCAAUAUGACUAUAGAGGAUAUAGGUCACUUGACUUGUUUGCAAGGUACAAGUAAUUGUUUGUAGAGAUUGAUAUCAUACAAAAACUAAAUUUAGGAGUACAAAGACAUCUUAGUUCAACAAUACUUAUCUUGUUCAGAAGAUUACACUGAGGGAGCAUAAAGCGAGUGUUGUAGACAUCAGUGCUGCAAUAGUGUGCUAGUGUUAACCUUGAUCACUUAUACAGGUAGGUACUUACUGUACUUCUGUCACAUCAGCCAGUGAUGUAGACAUCAGUGUUGUACUAAUGUGUGCGAGUGUUGACCUUAAUUACUUAUACAGGUAGGUAAUUACUGUACUUCUGUCACAUCAGCCAGUGAUGUAGACAUCAGUGCUGUACUGGUGUGUGUGAGUAUUAACCUUAAUUACUUAUACAGGUAGGUACUUACCAUACACAUUAUGCAUGAUCACAGUGCAGAUGCAUUAGUAGUGCUGUCUCGCAGUGACUGUUGAACUAAAUUGGAUUUCUUGAAGUUAUUUUAGAGCUCUUAUGAUAGCAUGUAGUAGAUGUUGGAAAGAAUGAAGUUUCCUGGGGACUUUGUUGGAGAAUUUGAUUCCUGGAGAUGUUUGGGAGAACAAAUUUUCUUGCGACAAAGGUGGAGAAAUUGUUUUCCUUCCAACUUGUUCAGAAGUUGAUUCCUGGGGAAAGUAAAACGUAUCUAUUUUUUCCCGAAGAGCAUGAGAAGAAUGAGAUUCUUAAGAUGUGAGUAGAAUGACUUUAGGGACUGUAGAGAAAUAGAUUCCAAAGAUAUGAGAAGAAUGAUCCUGGGGACUGUAUAGAGGCAGAUUCCUAAGAUAUGAGAAGAAUGAUCCUGGGGACUGUAUAGAGGCAGAUUCCUGUGAGAAAAGUGAUUUGAGGGCCUGUUUAGAAGGAGUUUCCAAAACCAAAGAUGUGAGAAGAAUGAUUGGGGAGACUAUAUAGAGGCAGAUUCCUUAGAUGCAAGAAGAAUGGUUUUAGGGACUCUAUAGAGGCAGUUUCCUGUGGAAACUGUAUGUAAAAUACUUGGUGAUUGUUAGAGUAAAUCUGAUUCCUGUUGAGAACAGAUAUCAAUAAACAAAUUUCUUCAUUUUAGUCAGAAUCAUUUUAGUCAUCACAUAUAUAGGUGUUGUUCUUUUCUGAAUUUUUGACAAGGUAACAUAUGUCUACAGAAGGACAUUGGUCUCUAAUCCAUCAAGCUCUGUUUCUAAUCAAAAUCAUGGAGUACAAUAUCAAGUCCUGGACUUUGAUAAGACUGUUGACACAGUCUGGUGUUCCAGCUCUGCAAUUUGGGUGUUUUGAUAAUGUUUCAUUUCAUAUCAAAAUGUUCAUAUUUCACACAGCUGUAAUCCUGUUCUGUAUUUUAUUGGAAAAUGACUUUAUUUGUGUCUUCAAUACAUUUAAUGUACAAUGAACUUCAAUUCACGGUUGUCUCCCUUUGCAAAAUUUAUACAAUAAUAAAAAGAAGUUUGUAUUCAUCUUUAUUUUAAGCUUAAAAAAGCGUGUCAAAUGAUAGCAAUACAUUUGUACAUAAUUUAUUAUCAUUGCUUAGAUCAAGAACCAUCUUCAAUCCCCACAAAUUCCUUAAAACUAUGGUACCUAUAGAGGGUUUCUACUGGUGCACCAGGAUUCAUUUUCAUUCCUACAAAUUCCUGUUCUUAAAACUAUGGUACCUGUAGAGGGUUUCUACUGGUGAACCAGGAUUCAUUUUCAUUCCCUCAACUUCCUGUUCUUAAAAUUAUGUUACCUAAGUUAAAGAACUAUCUUACAAAUUUCAAAUUAAUGAUGCCUUGUUGAUAAACAUAAUAAAUUUUCAAACUCAGAAUUUUUAAUGCUUGAAGUUAAAAAGAAACUGGAUAAUGGGCCUGUGAUUUCAGGCCUGAUGAAGUCCCUGCAGUAUUAUAAUAGUGUUUCACUCGGACAUCUUUUAAGGUGACACCAUAUACAUAAUAUUGUGUAAAUGAUGUCGCAUGAUUGUUUUGGUGGUGAAAAAUGUAUCGUCUGAAUUAAAAUUCAGUUGUCUGAAAGGGAAAUCAGUGUGAGAGUUUAUGUUGGAUUUCUCAAAAACAUGAGAAAGACAUUUAUAUCAAUGAAAUAUGGAAUUUAAUACAUUUCAUCAGACUACUUUUUGAUAAGGCUUGGAACUUUUCAAAACAUUGAACUUUUUGUAUAAGCUUGUCGAAGUGAUUCCAGUGACACACUGGUCUUGUUUUCAAAAUCAUUUGAAAGAAUUGUUGGAUUUCUGCAACAUGUAUAACAAUAUUGGUGUGACUUACCAUUUUUAAUUUUUAUCAAUGAUAUGGAUAAUUAGUAGAUUUUUUUUGUCUUUAGUAACUUUGAUUUGAGGAUGGAGGUAAAUAUUUUACAAGUUCUAGUUUUUCUAGUACUUGUAGGUUGAUGUUUCAUCUGUUAGGGUAUUGAUUCACCACUAAUUGAUGAAGUUACGUAUACUAGAACGGGUAAUUACUUUAUACAUCUAUACUAGUGUGUAAUUAUUACAGCCAGGAGUCUUCUUUUUUUUAUGUAUGUUACAUAUGUUACACAAUUUCACAAUGAAGUACUGGUAUUUUGGUGAAGUAUUUUGUUUUAAACCUUAUUUAAUUAAAGCAGUAUUUUUUCCCCUAACAACGCUUUUGUUCUAAAGUGUUUCAUGCUAAGACAAGAAGGCAUGAAAUCAUUUUUAGAUUCAGCCAUCUUUGACAACCAAGGGACCUGCAAUUGAUAUGCCAAUUUUCCAAUCUUAUCUAUAUUCUUGUUAAAUGUUUCUUAGCAAAUUAAAAUGUUCUACAUCUUUAAAUAGGCCUGUUAAUUAAGCAGUGAUACUGCAGUUAUCAUUAUGAAAGACAUCACAAGUAAUUCCAUAACAUGUUCAAGACCUUUCUAUUUGUAUCAUUGGCAGUUGUACACAGCCUUUACAUUUACUUCGACAUACUUUAGAAUAGAAGGUAAGGCUAUCAAGUGUGGGACCCAUACUUUAGAAUAGAAGGUAAGGUUAUCAAGUGUGGGACCCAUACUUUAGAAUAGAAGGUAAGGUUAUCAAGUGUGGGACCCAUACUUUAGAAUAGACGAUAAGGCUAUGAAGUGUGGGACCCAUACUUUAGAAUAGACGAUAAGGCUAUGAAGUGUAGAACCCUUGUGUAUUGAAGAUUCAUGCUGUCUUUUUUCUUCUAUCUGUAGCAAUUUAUUCAAUACCACAAUAUCCAUCUCUGUUUAGUUCCUUGUUCUUUCAGAACUUAACUAUUUUUUGACAAUAAAUUGAAUGCUAUGAACUUGAA